AUGCCUAUUGAGCAGUCUGGAAAAAAUGAAAAACCAGGUUGCUCGGUCUUGUACCUCAAGCAACCUAGACAGCCUGGAACACAUUGCUUCUGCAGAGAGAAUGAGAAAACAGAACUGGGCUCAGUUACAAACAAGACCUGCAAACUUCAGAAUUCUGAAAACUUUUUGAAAGAUUUAGUUGGACCCAAAUAUGAUGCUGGGCAAGCAGGGGAUUACAAUGGAAUCGCCAUGUAUAGAAAAAUGAAUGAUGUCACAUAUAUAGAGGAUAGUCUAGUCGAGUGUCUUAGAGAGACAGAAGAAGGCAAUGAGACGUAUCCUUGUGAUGCUCCAGAUAGUAUGGGAUAUACAUGGACAGAAAGUCUGAAACGCCAAGGGAUUGACUAUAACAAGCUUCCAAGAUGGACUCCUUACAUACGUCGACUGAUUAUAAGUGAAAGGAAAGGUACAAGUACACCACGUACUACAAUAUCUGGUCACGGAACAUCGAAGGGACACCAAAUAACAGACUCAUCACCUGUUGAUCGUCAUAAUGACAGCAACGAGCAAUCAGAUUCGAAACUGCCUCUAAUCAUUGGAAGUGUUGUAGGAGGCUUUCUUUCUGUCGUUAUUGUCGUAAUGAUCAUCGUCAUUGUCAUCAAGAGAAGGCGUCCAAAUAAGAAAGAGAACUCUCACCCUGCUCCUACAGAGAAUGUAUAUUACAGUGAAAUGAAAGAAGACAAAAAAUCACAAUUAACAAUGGAGAAAGAGGAACCAUCACCAACAGUUGACAGCACAGACUACGAUACCAUGAUGUCCGUCAACAAAGAGAAGAUAACUGAUGACUCUGAGGAGUAUGGGAAGUUACUGCCUAAUGAUGAUGCAGAUGUGUAUAAUCACACAUGGGAUAAACCAAUCACAGAACAGUUUACAGAUCACGUGUAUAGUUCGACUUUCUCAGGAAAUGACGCAAACGAGUAUGAUCACACUGUUACUAGUUAUACAGAGUUAACUAAAGACACUGAAGAGAAAAGAACAUUAUUAAACGGAAAUGAAGACAAUUUGUAUGAUCACACAGAUACUAAUAAUACAGAGUUAUCUAAAGUCAGUGAUGAGAACAGAUAACUGUCAACUGGAAAUGAUUUAAAUUUGUAUGAUCACACAAGCUGAAUAUUUAGACAGAAUCGAAGGAUGGAAAAUAUGGCUAACAGAUAUUAGAUAAUUUUAAUUUUUUCGUAUUCAACC